CUGUGAGGUCACAGAGCCCUGUGGUCCCACAGCACCACAAGGACCGACCACUCAGUCCCUGACUGCAACUGUUGCGGCAGCAGCGGCGGCGGCGGCAGUGUCAGAUUUGGUGGCGUUUGGACAGUGAUUACUGGACAGUGAUUACUGGACAGUGAUUACUGGACAGAGAUUGUAGAGCAGCGGUGUCAGGACAGGGGUGUGAGGACAGGGGUGUCAGGACAGCGGCGGCAGCAGUAGCUGCCGGCCGGUGUGAGGGCGAGGGGCCAUGGCCCUUGCUCUCCGCCUCUUCCUCCUCCUCCUCCUGGCAGUGGCCCUGCACGCCAGGGCUGCCCAGGCUGCUCCGGUGCCAGCGCGGGGAGCAGAUGGGGAUCAUGACUUUGAUUAUCUGGACGAUGAUGUUUUGAAGUACUUCUGGCCUCCUGGAGGCAAGUUCUCAACUUGAAAAAAUAAUCCCUUUCAACGUGGCAAGAGCUCAUUCAUGUGCCAUUUUCCUGAAGACCCUCUCAAGGUUGCUGGAUUGUGGCAAUCUUGGCCUGCUCUGUUCUCAGGCCCAAGAGGGAUCCCACAGGAUCCCUGUCAGGGGGAGCUUUUAAUCUUCUUUCCCUGGAAAUGCCAGUUGCUCCAUCCGUGUCGACACGGAGAAGGGCAGAGAGGGAAGGGGCCGGGCCCAGGGCUGUGCCUGGGGGGCUGUGCCUGGCGCGGCUCCUUUGCCGGCCCCUCGGAGCCGGAGGUGCUCCCGCUGCGGCUGCCAAGCCAUGGCCCUCGCUGGGGCUGAGUUUGGAGCUGGGGCAGCUCCAGGGAGUCCCUGGUGCCCUGACAGCUCUGCGUGGGGCUCCUUUGGUCCCAGCGAGGGGCCACUGCUGGCCUGUGGGAGCUCUGCCUCUGCUCCUGAGGGGAGGGCAGAGAUGAGGGCCCUGCAGUGAAGUGUCUCUGCCUGUUGAGUUACAGGGGUGUCUGCAGGCAGGACUUUUCCAGCUCCCGAGCUGGAUGCUGCACCUGAGCCCGGCUCAUAUGGCAUGAGUGAAUAGUCUGUCCCUGCUGACCUCACAGGCUGAGCUCUGGUUUUCUCUAAUCUUUUCAUGUCAAAUGCAACUACUUCCCAUUCAGGUCCUCCAACAGGCAAGAACCAACCUCUAGGAGAAAAAAACUCCCCAGAGCCAUUUGAACUUCUGGACCAAAUGCUGAGCGAACUGGAGAGACAGCGAGGUGAGGGUACUGGGAAUACUUCUCCAACACCAUCGACAGAAAAUUCUUUAGAGCCUUCAGGGAUUCCUGCAGGGGUGUCCACAGGGAAGACUUUUCCAGCUUCUGGGCUGGUUCCUCCAAGCAAAGCUGGCUCACAUCAAAGGGGUCCUCCAAGAGGCAAGAACCAACCUCCAAGUGAAAAGAAAUCUCAGGACCCAUCUGAAGAGAUGGACCAAGAGAUGGCUCUGUGGAAGGCGGCAGCUCCUGAAGGAGGCAGUGACUCUUUGCCAGAGUCUCCUGAAGGAAGGAAGGCAAUGCCAGGCACUGGCAAGCAGGAUGUGGUCGGCAAGGCAGGAACAAAGGACCAAAAUCCCCAGAGCGUCAGGAGAGUUCUGUGCCCCCCGGACUAUCGCAAGCACUGCAUGAUUGGCAUGCUGGCCACGCUGCUCACUGUGCCUCUGCUUCUGUUCUGCUGCAGUUUUGUGGCGCGCAAGGUGUACGAGAACAAGGAGGUCAUCAUCAAGCUCAUGGCGGCAUAGUUAUACCAUGGCUCAAUAGAAAAAUACAGAGACCAGCUAUGGACAACAGUCAUGUGUCUGGCCUGGUAAAACACCUGGUUCACAUGUGGGCUAAUGGAUCAUCCUGGCACAUGUUGACACUCCAAAGGCUAAAGUCUGACCUCGUCCUGCAUGAUUUAUCUCCAGUGUGAGAUGCUGAAGGAUUGUACUUCUGCAAGAACCCAGUGGUUAAAUGACACAAAGGAGUAUCUGAGACAACUUAAUGACACAGCAGCAAAAUAAAGGCCAGAAUUCAUCUCCCACAAUAGAGUACAAAAAGCAAUUAAACCACUUUACAUUGUUCUGUGUGUAAUGGAGAUAGUAACCACAAGUUUCCUGUUCGUGAACUAUCUCUCUGAGAUAGCUUAAUUUAGACAGUUCAAACAUCAUGAAACUUCUUCACAUUUCUAGCAGGCAAACUGGAAAGGCAAGUGUUUGGAUUUCUGUUGUUUUAGACUAGGAAUGCUGUAGCAUCCAUUCUCCAGCCAGGCAAAUGGCUGCCAGAGUCUGGCACUGUGGACAUGUAGCUACAUAGUGAAUCCAGGGGCCACGUUUACCAGUGGCAAAACUAAUUCCUUAAUGCUGGAGUUUGGACUUGAAAGGGAGACUUCCCAUGAAUGUCAACUUGUCUGAUAGAAUCUGUUUGUUUGUUUGAGAUACACCCUAAGAAUUUGAUUUCCCAACCGAGUGCUCCAUGAUUAUACUGUGCGCACACUGCACCUCUUGGACUGAGGUGGGGUCACUUUUGCUGUGACAGCUGGGUUGUCUUAUCUGAAACCUGCACCUUGGGAGUUUCCAGGCUCCUUAAUGCUCUCUGUGGUGCCAGGGGGGACCUUCUUGCUGCAGCUCAAGCUGUGCUCGCCAUCAGGACCUGGUGCAAAGCCCCUGUGAUGCCCUUUCUCCUUCAUAGGAGGGCACCUGAACUGGUGUCAUCAGGCUGGUUGUCCAACACUGUGGGGCUGGGGCAAAGCAGGACAAGGAAAGGGCAGGUGCUCAGCCAGCCAGGCUUUAAAAAAAAUCAGAAAUGAGGAACAUGUGUCUAUAUGGGAAGUUUUAGGCACCCUUGAGCUUCAAGGAGAGUUAAUUUCUGAAUGCAGGGAUUCUCCAAAACACCACAAGACAAUGGGAGCUGUGGCACCCUCAUGUGCUGUUACACACAGGUGCCCCAGAGCACUCACCACACAGGGAACUGCAGGGCUGGAAGCACACACAGCUAAAGCCCCAUUGCUCAGACCCACAGGGGUUUGCAGCAUCUGAGACCAAUGCAAACCCCAAAACAACCUUCAUGUGCAACGUCUGUGCUUUAGAACCUUUAGGAUACAAAUCACACUGAUCUGACUGUUAAGUGUAAAAAACCCCCAAACCCAAACUCCAACCCAACCAAAAACCCCAACUGCCAGGUCAGUCAGCAGAGAUAAAGCUCCAGCUUGGACGUGUCCACAGGAAUGUCAUACAGCCCUCAAGGCUGCCCACAGUACAAAUAUUUGGCAGACAUUGUCUCAGUUAUCAGCUGGGCAGAAGGAGAUGCACAGUUGGACCCCAGGGUACUGGGAUGGACAGUGGGGCCAUGGGAAGGGGCUUGGAUCCCCUGAGGAACAGUCCCAGCAGUGCCCAGACCUGCUUGGAUGAUGGGACCUUUCAUCAGAGAGCUGGGAGUCUGAGUCAGGAAGACAGGGAGGAAAAUUACACUGCUUGUGGAGGAAAACCCUCAGGCACCAGCUCUGAGCUGCUACAGCAAAGAUGAUUUAAAGAAACAAAACUGAGGUGAAGGAGGCGGCGACCCAAGAGAGACAAAUGGGCAGAGACACAAGAGCACGAGGAAGAGCAGAUAACGGGGGGCUGUGGCACCAGCCAGGGGGGCUGAGACACUGUGCUCAGCCCUCUGCAAAUAAUCUUACAUAAAAACAGGCAGGAAACAAAUGAUCGUGAUGAUCAUGAUCAUCUGCACGUUUAAUAUA